AUGCCGGUGGGACCGUCGCCAAGGGGUCUCGCUGCUUCCUUGCUGGCAGCUUUGGCGCUCCUCAGCCAUGACAUGCAGGCCGUUCGAGUGCUGAACCGGUUCGUGCGCCACUACGAACCUUUGUCGUACGAUCCGGUCGCCGUGCACAAUGUGGGACGAUGGAAGAGAUCGGCCUCCGCUCAUCGACACGACAGCAGCAGGCCACGUACAGUGCAAGUCGCAUUCAAGGCCCACGGAAGGGAAUUCCGGCUACAGUUGACCCAGGACCGGUCCGCCUUCUCCGACGACUUCUCGCUGGUGACGAGCCGAGGACGUGUCCAGGCCAGCCUCGACCACAUAUAUUCUGGACACGUCGCAGGUGCUCCGGGCAGCCGCGUGGUGGGCGCCAUGAUGGACGGCGUGUUCAGCGGACGGAUCUCGCUGACUCCCGGCGACGACGACGGGGACUUCUACGUGGAGCGUGCCGGUCCUUACCUGUCGUCCUCCUCACCUACGGCCCUCUUUCACUCGCUCAUCUAUGCUGCCAAGGACGUCAGCUUCGACGGCGCCGGGUGCGGAAUACACCUUGCCAACGGCAGCGCUCGGGGUUACGCUCCAUCCGACACCAGCGAAUCCCGGCGGAUCAAUCCGAGUGAUGGUGCCAGAAAACCCCGGCCAGCAGUCACGGGUUACUGGCGCCAGCGCAGUGGAGUACAGAGGGUGUGUAACCUGGAGAUCAAGGUCGACCACACCUUUUACGAGAUGGUGUCGUCAGACCUAAACGGCGACGCAGCCAAGGUACGUGCCUCCAUCACGGAGCUGGUGUUCACGCACGUCGCCUCAGCCUCCGAUAUCUUCGGUCGCACGAACUUCAACGGCAUCACGGACAUCUCGUUCGUCGUGCAACGCUUGCAAAUCAACGAUUCAAGCCACUGCGAAGGCUCGAAGCAGCGGACAAACCCUUAUUGCAGCGACACGUUGGACGCGACGCUCACGCUUAUCGAACUGUCUAAGUCCAACCACGACAGCUACUGCCUGUCGUACCUGUGGACGUACCGCGACUACCCCAAAGGCACGCUGGGCCUGGCUUACGUCGCCGAGCUCAACGGUAUACCAGGCAACGCGGGAGGCCUGUGUGAGAAGUUCCAGUCGGACGUGGCGCUGCAGCUGACCUCGGACUACACAGGCCGGGUCAGUUUGAACACGGGUGUCGUCACCUUCGUCAACAAGAACGUGCGCGUGCCCCACCGAGUCUCCGAGGUCACCUUCGCCCACGAGCUAGGACACAGUUUCGGCGCCCAGCACGACCCUCCCGAGUGCGUUCCCGGUGGCAGCGCGGGCAACUUCCUGAUGUUCGCCAGCGCCUCUCACGGCACGAUGCCCAACAACCGGCGCUUCUCCAUGUGCAGCAUCCGCGACAUGUCGGCCGUACUGAUGCAGAUGUUUUCUGGUCAAGGUUCCCGAUCUAACUGCCUACAAGAGCUUCGCGGCCCAUUCUGCGGCAACUCUAUACGAGAAGACGACGAAGAAUGCGACUGUGGCUUGGACUGGAGCGAGUGUCGCGAGUUGUGCUGCUACCCGCGCGAGCACGGCCAACUAAACCGCAAGGGCUGCACACUGCGACCGGACGCCAAGUGCAGCCCGUCGAACAGCGCCUGCUGCAGCGACAACUGCCAGUACUACAACGCAACCUGGGUCUGCAGGCAUGACGACGACUGCCGGUUCGAGGCCUACUGCGACGGUUCCGGCGGCAAGUGUCCGCCUUCGGAGCACAAGCGCGACGGCGUGCUCUGCAACCACCGCAGCCAGGUGUGCCAGAACGGCGAGUGCACGGGCUCCCUGUGCCGACUGUACGACCUCGAGGAGUGCUACCUCACUGGGCCCCACCGCACGCCGGACGAGAUGUGCCUCAUUGCGUGCCGAGAGAAUGUGUCCGGCAGCGUGUGCAUGGAGGCGUGCCGCUUCGACCGCAUGAAGGACUUCUGCAACAAGAAGCUGGAGCCCGGAGCGCCGUGCGAUGACCUGCGCGGCUACUGCGACAUCUUCCAGCGGUGCCGCCUGGUGGACGCCGAGGGGCCGCUCGCCCGCCUACACUGGCUCGUUUUCGGAGGACACGGCCUGCAGAAUUUGCUCGUGCGGUUCCGGCGGCAAGUGUCCGCCUUCGGAGCACAAGCGCGACGGCGUGCUCUGCAACCACCGCAGCCAGGUGUGCCAGAACGGCGAGUGCACGGGCUCCCUGUGCCGACUGUACGACCUCGAGGAGUGCUACCUCACUGGGCCCCACCGCACGCCGGACGAGAUGUGCCUCAUUGCGUGCCGAGAGAAUGUGUCCGGCAGCGUGUGCAUGGAGGCGUGCCGCUUCGACCGCAUGAAGGACUUCUGCAACAAGAGAAGCUGGAGCCCGGAGCGCCGUGCGAUGACCUGCGCGGCUACUGCGACAUCUUCCAGCGGUGCCGCCUGGUGGACGCCGAGGGGCCGCUCGCCCGCCUACACUGGCUCGUUUUCGGAGGACAUGGCCUGCAGAAUUUGCUCGUGCGGUUCCGGCGGCAAGUGUCCGCCUUCGGAGCACAAGCGCGACGGCGUGCUCUGCAACCACCGCAGCCAGGUGUGCCAGAACGGCGAGUGCACGGGCUCCCUGUGCCGACUGUACGACCUCGAGGAGUGCUACCUCACUGGGCCCCACCGCACGCCGGACGAGAUGUGCCUCAUUGCGUGCCGAGAGAAUGUGUCCGGCAGCGUGUGCAUGGAGGCGUGCCGCUUCGACCGCAUGAAGGACUUCUGCAACAAGAGAAGCUGGAGCCCGGAGCGCCGUGCGAUGACCUGCGCGGCUACUGCGACAUCUUCCAGCGGUGCCGCCUGGUGGACGCCGAGGGGCCGCUCGCCCGCCUACACUGGCUCGUUUUCGGAGGACAUGGCCUGCAGAAUUUGCUCGUGCGCUACUGGUACCUCACCAUGCUGGGCGUGAUGGCGAGCGCCGGGGCCACGGUUCUGUUCAUCAAGCUCUGCGCCGUGCAUACACCGAGCAGCAACCCGAACUUGAAACGACCCCGCAAGAUCACCGAAACCGUGCUGAGACCAAUGAGCUUGCUGCGCGCAUGACUCGCGCAACCGCGCACGAAUGCAGCGUCCGCACGUUUAAUACCUGAUCAUCGAACGACGAUUAUUUAAUGAUACACUAUGAUGAUACUCCGCCGAAUUGUAGUGGCGGCUACAUGAUGCGCGAACGACGACGGUAUAACGAAACUUUGUGUUGCGCGACAUAUAUAAACUGCGGUGCAUAUAUUAAAUGGAAGGCUAUUUGUUCAGCUCAAUUUCUGAAACGUCUGACAGCGUUGUACCACGCACAUUGCUAGCCUAUCAAAACCGAGCAGUAUAUUAUAAUGCCAGCGAUUGUUCUGUUAUAAGCGGAAGACAUUGAAUUUGUGAUAAUUUCACAGAAGUGCGCAGCCCAUAGAAAGAGUUGU